UUAUGGAAUGGUGGUGGCUAGGACUGCUGGUUGCAACUGUGGUCCAGGCUGAAAGGGAGCUGCUCAAUAUUUGUAUGGAUGCUAAACACCACAAGAAAGAACCAGGACCUGAAAAUGAGCUCCAUGAACAGUGUUUUCCCUGGAAGGAUAAUGCCUGCUGUACUACUAACACAAGCUGGGAAAUUCACAUGGACAUGUCUCCUCUAUACAAUUUCAACUUUGGACAUUGUGGUGUGAUGACCCCCAGCUGUAGGAAGCAAUUUAUCCAAGAUGCCUGCCUCUAUGAGUGUUCCCCAAACCUGGGACCCUGGAUCCAGAAGGUGAAGUCAAGUUGGAGGAAGGAGCAUGUCCUGAAUGUGCCCUGCUGGAAAGAUUGUAAAGAAUGGUGGGAAGACUGCCGUACCUCUUUUACCUGCAAAUCUGCCUGGAACAAAGAUUCUGCCUGGAGCCCAGGUAAGAACGAUUGUUCUGCCCUGGUCCUCUGUCGCCCUUUCCCUCACUAUUUCCCAACCCCAGCUGAGCUCUGUGAGAAGAUCUGGAACAACUCUUACAAGGCCACCAAGGAGAGACAGGGCAGUGGUCGCUGCAUUCAGAUGUGGUUUGACCCUGCCCAAGGCAAUCCCAGUGCAGCUGUAGCCCAGCUCUAUGCCAGCCACGCUGUUCCCCAGCAAUUCCCCCUCAUCGUAUUUCCCCUCCUACUAUUUGCCCUCUAAGAGGAUCUAACACUUAUCUCCAAACUCUUCUCAACAGUCUACUGGCCUCUCUUCGAGGUUCUUGGACAAGAGGAUCUGUGACUUUCCUCCCUCUGGGGCUCCUUAAACUGGAAAGAGGUUGCUCUUCUGCCUCCUUUUUAUAUGUAUGUCUGUGGGAAGAUCAGUUUUAAGAGACCCUUUCAGUGUUUUUGCUUUAUUUAACGCCCUUCUGACUUUUGGACUACCUUGUAAAAGAAGUAGCCUCCUUGGAGCAACUCGGAUCCCAGUAGGCUGGCUGGCUGGGUCUGGCACUUAACCUUGGGAGGGAUCUAAGAAGAACAGUUCCUGGGUUCUGACUACUUUUCUUUGUUCCACAGCAAAGCUGAGGUCAGCCAAGCCUAGAUUUCCUCACUUUGAUAGUCCCCUUAAUAAAGGGAUAAUUGAUUUGUU